GCGUUUAAGACCUGGUCUGCCGUCACUCCACUUAGAUUUAUAUUAAUAACCGAAAAGCGCCCAAAAGUUCACAUGUAUAUGAGAUUUGCCACUCGUAUCCACUGUUGCCAUUUGGCCCCUCCGGCAGAUAUGGCGUUUGACGGGUUGGGAGGCGUUUUAGCGCAUACGGAAUAUCCACGAUAUGGCGGCGAUCUUCAUGUGGACGACGACGAGAAUUGGGCGCUUCAUUUUGAUCCACGUAAUGCCAGCGUUUCGUCGCUUCUUUAUGUAUUAAUUCACGAAAUUGGUCAUGGCUUAGGUUUGGAGCACUCGUGCGAUCCCGAGUCCAUUAUGUUUCCCAAUACAGGCGGUUAUAACCAUAACUACUCUCUAAAUCAUAACGACAUUCACGCC